AUGGAAUAUGUUUUUGAACUCAGCUUAAAUCAAGCUGUUGCGGGUGGGGGUUCUAUCCAUCAAAGCAGUUUUGAUGGUAGAUCAGGUCUUUCAACUAAUUGCAAACUUAAUAAGGUUACUCAGCUGACUGGAUUUUCUGAUCCAGUAUAUGCUGAAGCUUAUGUGCAUGUAAAUCAAUAUGAUAUUGUUUUGGAUGCAUUCAUUGUUAAUCAAACUGGUAAAUACACAUAUAUAAUAAUAAUACAUAUUAAGAAAAAAAAUGUAUUUAUUAAUUAUCAUGAUAUAAGGUGAUACACUGAAAAAUUGCACCCUGGAGUUAGCAACAAAAUGAGAUAUAAAAUUGGUAGAAAAACCACAGCCUGUUGUUUUGGCACCUCAUGAUUUUUGUAACAUUAAAGCUAGUAUUAAAGUAGCAUCUACUGAAAAUGGCAUUAUAUUUGGGAACAUUGGUAAACUAUAAAAGAAUUUAAUUUUAUCAUAGAUUAUCUAUCAUUUAUUGUAAUUAGUUUAUGAUAUUGGUGGUGCAAUCGGUGACCGAAAUGUAGUUGUAUUAGAUGACAUCAGUAUAGAUAUAAUGGAUUAUAUAAUGCCAGCAGUUUGUAAUGAUUCUGAAUUCCGCCGAAUGUGGACUGAAUUUGAAUGGGAGAACAAAGUAUAGCAUCUUUGUUUUGUAUUCAAGUACCCAAAUUUAACUUUAGAUUAUUUUUAGGUUUCUGUUUCUACUAGUUUGACAGAUCUUAAUGAAUAUCUGGUACAUCUGUUGAAGAGCACCAACAUGAAAUGUCUUACUCCUGAAAAAGCAUUAUCUAGACAGUGUGGAUUUAUGGCGGAAAAUUUAUAUGCAAGGUCAAUAUUUGGUGAAGAUGCAUUGGCAAACUUAAGCAUUGAAAAAGGAAUCGAUAAGCCACAAGUCUGUGGUCAUAUUAGGAUUCGAGCUAAAAGUCAGGUAAUUAUAAACAAUGUAUAAAUUAAAUUUUUUCUGGCUUCUGGCUACCACACUGGUGUCUGUUAUUAGCUAAGGUUAAGUUUAGAGUUAAAAGUCCUGUUACUGGUUAUACCCUUCGGUGUGAGCCAUAACUGAAAAACAAUUUUUUUAUGGGGAAAGGGAGAAAAUCAAAUAUUUGCUGCCCAAUAUUUGAUGACACCUUACUGCUUAUUAUAUUUUUUUAGGGGAGGAGGAGCAUUAGCUCUUAUGCUUUUCUUGCAAGAUAUACUGUUUAUUUUUAACAAAUUGUAUUAAUGAUAAUAAAGUGUUUAACAUUUUUCAAGUGUUACUGUGUUGUAAAGAAUUUUACUAGAUAUUGUGACUAAUUAUUGAAGUCAUGUAGAUUGAUUAAGUUCUUAAAUAUUCAUUUAUAUUUUAGCUGUAAAAUUAAUAGAUUUCAAAUAGCAAUAUGAUAAAUAUAUUUUGAAAAGUUUUGGUGUUAAUAUAUUUAAGAAUGAUGGAUAAUACAUUUUCUACAAUUUUCGUAAGUUAAUAAUAAUUUAAAUUGUUUUCAUUACGACUUAAUAUCAAUUGGUUUGUCAAUGACCAUGGAAAAUAAAUUUUAUUUAUGUAAUAUGUAAACUUUAAAAAUUCAUCAUUAUUAAAUGUUUGCAACACUAAUACCUAUUUUGAUUCAAAAUAUAUUUAAAAAAUAGCUAACUUAAAUUUAUAAAACAACAAAAUCAGAGCAAAACACUAAAAAUUAUUAGAAAAAAAAAUUAUUUUAAAUAUUGAAUAGAACAAAAUUUGUUACAGGUGUCAGAUUUUAGUGUUAUACCUUGUAUAUUCAUGAUUUAUGAAUAUUGAAUAUCUUAAAUAUAUAUAUAUUUUAAUACAUUAUUAAAAUAUUGAUGUUGUUAAUUUAAUUCUAGGGUAUGGCACUCAGUCUUGGAGAAAAAAUAAAUAUGAUGCAAAAACGACCAUAUAAAGCAGUUUUUGCUUAGGUGUUGUAAAAUCAGA